AUCACCAGAUCAACCAACCAACCGAACACGUCCUCUCGAGGGAAGAAAUGGGUUCGUGCGUCUCGCGCUCGCCGGCGUCGGCGCCGUCCGCAGGAUCAUCAGUGCGGAGAGUGCCCACCGUGAAGGUUGUGGACAUGGACGGCUCCAUGGCGCAGUACGCGGCGCCCAUCACGGCGCGGGAGGCCCUGGGCGACGACGAGCGCCGCCGUGGCGCGCCGGUCUUCCUAUGCAGCUCCGACGAGCUCCGCCUCGACGCGCCCCCGCGCGCGCUAGCGGACGAGGAGGCGCUGCAGCCUGGGUGGCUCUACCUCGUGCUCCCCAUGUCCAUGCUUCGCCUCGCGCUCACCGGGAACGACAUGGCCGCCCUCGCCGUCAGGGCCAGCUCCGCGCUCGCCGUCGUCAGCGGUGCCGCGUCCCCUCCGAGGAGCAAGAGCAUGGCUGGCACCAAGGUCAAGCAACGGAAAACGGCUCGAGUGGCACCCGUCGUCGCCUCCGACGAGCACGCCGAACUAGCAGAUGGUGAAUGGAGCCAGCACGCCUAUGGCAAACAUGGAGCCGCGCGCAAGACGGUGCGCGGCGGCGGCGAUGAGACGGCAGGGAAAAGGAGGAAGAGAGCGGGUUACAGAAGUAGCGGCGCUCGUCAUCGUCAUGGUGCGGCAGACGUGCCGAGGUUAAGUGCCAUUCUAGAAGAUGACGACUUUUGA